AUGCCUGUUUCUGAAGCUGAAACAAUAUCGGCUUUGCGAGUUCUUCUCAAUUCUUCGAAGGAAAUACUCCAGUCCCAUCGCGACCUCACGCUGCAAACUUUAGAGCAGGUCAGAUCCGUUCUCGCCGUCAAGUCUCACAAUAACAAGAUAAUAAGCUCCGACAUACAAGCGGAGCCGUUGCCUUUUUAUGACAAUGAAAAUCUCGAGAACCACUCUCCUCGCCAGUCCGGAGAGUCUUCCUACUCCCCAGUGAGAGUUUUUGAGGACCGGUCGUAUGCUGCCGCCGACCCGAAUGAAAUACCAAGGACUACUGAGACCGAAAGAAACCACGAUGCUGACCCUGAAGUUCUCGACGCCUCGGCUCAAGCCAAUACAAGAAAACGCAAAAGGAAACCAGACAUAGAGACUCGGCUUGCUAAGCUAUUGCAAGCUAUAGAAAUACACCUUCCAAAGUACGUGGAAUUUUCUCAAAAUACGGUGUCGCUCUUUGACUUGUUGGACAAUGAUCAAGGCCGAGGAAGCUUCUACAUGCUCCUGGAUCACAUCAAGCGAGUUGAUGGGAACAAGACCCCCAACGAAAAGGAAAAAAACUCUUGA